AUGGCACUGCCUAAAGAUAAGCCGACGCUCCAGUCAACAAGUAGUGGCAACUGGACUAGACCAGAUAACGUGUUUUGUACUUCUCAUACUCUACAUUCGUUCACUUUAUGCGAUACAGCCCCGAGACGUCGCCCGCCAUGCACUGAUCAUGUCCCAAUCUACAGCACGCUUGACCUCGACAUCCCACGCGCAACUACCUCGAUCAGCCCUAACUACAGAGACGUAGAUUGGGACGAAUUCCGUGGAGCGCUAACCAGGAACCUCGCCGACAUACCACCACCAACCAUCAUAACGACUGAAGAACAAUUCCAACGCGCGGCAGCCGAUCUCAGCAACGCAAUCAAGCGCACAGUGGAGGAAAAAGUGCCGAAGUCCAAGCCAAGCCCCCACGCUAAGCGAUGGUGGACGAAGGAGCUGACGCAGAUGCUAAAAAGGAAGAACGAGCUAAGUGGUCAAUCAUAUAAACUUAGAGCAUUACCUGAGCAUCGCAUCCACGAAGAACAUCGACAGUAUCGCAAC